CCCCUUCCGGUCGCGUCCUCCACCACCAAACUCCCAGUCGCGUCGUCGACGUCCUCCACUGGUUUUCUUUCUCUCACCAUCGUCCUCCACCACUAGCUGCUAAGUGCUCACUUCGCCACUCCAAUCUUAAGGGUUUUGAGAAAGCAGAGAAACGAAGGAUAUCAUGAAACUAAACCACGAAGCCAUUCUAGAAAUUAAUGUGAUUCAGAACCAGGCCCUUAAAGACGACCAUGAUGCUUUCAGUGUUGUAAUUGGAAGCCGGGCAUCGGUAAUUGAUGGGGAAGAUGGUGAUGCUAAUGUUAAGGAUAUAACAGUAGAAAAUUUCUCUGUGUCUGCUCGGGGAAAGGAACUUCUAAGGAAUGCAUCAGUGAAAAUAACACACGGGAAGAGAUAUGGUUUGGUUGGGCCCAAUGGAAUGGGCAAGUCUACUCUCCUGAAGCUUCUUGCUUGGAGGAAGAUUCCAGUACCAAAAAAUAUUGAUGUGCUUUUGGUUGAGCAGGAGGUAGUUGGUGAUGACAAAACUGCUAUUGAAAUAGUUGUUUCAGCAAAUGAAGAACUUGUCAAAAUCCGAAAAGAGGUUGCAGAUUUGCAGAAUUCAGCUUCCGCUGAUGGAAAGGGGUUUGAUGAUGAUGCAGGAGAGAAGCUCUCUGAAUUGUAUGAGAAAUUGCAGUUGAUGGGAUCAGAUUCAGCUGAAGCUCAGGCUGCAAAAAUUCUUGCUGGGUUGGGGUUCACACAGGAUAUGCAAGGCCGUCCAACUAAGUCCUUCAGUGGUGGGUGGAGGAUGAGAAUUUCAUUGGCAAGGGCACUUUUUGUUCAGCCAACUCUUUUGUUGCUUGAUGAACCCACCAACCAUCUCGACUUGAGGGCUGUUCUCUGGUUGGAGGAAUACUUGUGCCGCUGGAAAAAAACUUUUGUCGUUGUCUCGCAUGAUCGAGAUUUCCUUAACACAGUUUGCUGUGAGAUUAUUCAUCUGCAUGAUCUGAAGCUUCACAUCUACCGAGGAAAUUUUGAUGAUUUUGAAACUGGUUAUGAGCAACAUCGGCAAGAGGUGAACAAAAAGUUUGAAAUUUAUGACAAGCAGCUGAAAGCUGCCAAAAGGAGUGGAAAUCGGGUUCAACAGGAGAAAGUCAAGGAUAAAGCAAAGUCUGCAGCAGCUAAGGAAGCAUCAAAGAACAAGGCCAAGGGAAAAGUUGAUGGAGAUGAUGCACCAGCUGAGGCUCCUCAGAAGUGGAGAGUUUACAGCGUGGAGUUCCACUUUCCUGAACCUACAGAGCUUACUCCUCCACUUCUGCAACUUGUCGAAGUCAGCUUCAGUUAUCCAAAUCGGGAGGAUUUCAGGCUGUCAGGUGUUGAUGUCAGUAUUGAUAUGGGGACCCGUGUUGCCAUAGUUGGACCUAACGGAGCUGGAAAGUCUACUCUGCUCAACCUUCUUGCAGGUGAUUUGGUUCCUUCUGAGGGUGAAGUACGGAGGAGUCAGAAGUUGAGGAUCGGUAGGUAUUCACAGCACUUUGUGGACAUCCUGACAAUGAGUGAGACCCCAGUUGAGUACCUUCUCCGGCUUCACCCAGACCUUAGCAAGCAAGAGGCUGUUCGUGCAAAGCUUGGAAAAUAUGGACUCCCCAGCCACAACCAUCUCACUCCCAUUGCAAAAUUAUCUGGAGGGCAGAAAGCCCGGGUUGUGUUCACAUCCAUAUCCAUGUCAAGGCCCCACAUUUUGCUGUUGGAUGAACCGACGAAUCAUUUGGAUAUGCAGAGUAUUGACGCACUGGCCGAUGCACUUGAUGAAUUCACAGGUGGAGUUGUACUGGUGAGUCAUGAUUCAAGGCUGAUAUCGCGCGUGUGUGAAAACGAAGAGAGGAGUGAAAUUUGGAAUGUUAAGAAUGGCACGGUGACCCCUUACCUUGGGAAUUUCGAGGAGUACAAGGAGGAGCUACAAAGAGAUAUUGAAAGGGAAGUCGAUGACUGAGGUUUGCACUCUUUAUAGUUGUAAAAUUUUGUUGAUCAUUCUAAAGAUAUUCCAAGAGUUUGCUUAUUGCUUGCACAUUUUGGGGUUUGGAAAUUGGAAUAGGGUAAGUUUUUGUCACGGGUAUCUGUUAGGUUAUCCAUUUCAAUUCAAUACUAGUCCUAAACACGAAAUGAGGCCUACAAGGUGUUUGAACUUGGUUGUCAGAAUAUUAUAUGGUGAUUCAAGACUACAUUUGAUA